AUGGGCCUUCUGGGACUCGACGACAAGAAGCCCAAGGUGGAAGUGGCGAGCUACUCAGCAGAUGGAGGAGGAGGAGGAGGAGGAGGAGGAGGAGGAGGAGGGAGAUCACUACGAGCCUCAUCGCCCUCAUCAGCGUCGUCAUACGCCUCGACAUCCUCGUCGGUCUCGACGUCGACACAUUCCAACUCGUCCCUGUUCUCCUCGACGGCCGCCUCGACGGUCGCCUCGACGGCCUCCUCGCUCGCCUCCGAGUCGGCGUCCCGCCUGUCGACGGCCUGGGAGGCAUCGUACCGGGUCGCCUCGGCCCUGGGCGUCCCACACCUGGUCGGCCGCUCCGUGCACUGCGCCUACCUGUCCCUCGUCUUCUUCGUCCCCAGCUUCCUGCAGGGCAGGCACUGGCGCGACAGGAUCCGGCCCGCCUCCGUCUCCCCGACCGCCUACCUGGACGGCAUGCGCGGCCUGGCCGCCCUCUUCGUCUUCUUCUGCCACUACUCGUACCAGGCCUUCGUCAUCGCCGAGGGCUACGGCGCCGGCGACGCCAACUACCACUGGCUCAAGCUGCCGCUGAUCCGCAUCUUCUACCAGGGCCCCGCCGCCGUCUGCGUCUUCUUCGUCAUAUCCGGCUACGCCCUCAGCUACCGCCCGCUCAAGCUCGCCCGCGCGCGCUGCAUGGCCGGCUGGGCCGACACCAUGUCCUCGCUCGUCUUCCGCCGCUGGGUCCGCCUCUUCGUCCCGCCCAUCGUCUCCACCUUCAUCGUCCUCCUCCUGAUCCGGUACGGCGCCUACGAGUGGACCCGCGACUUCGCAAACGAUCCCAACUACCACCACAUGGUCAUCGAGCCGCACUAUCCCAUAGCAGUUCUGGGACUGGGCCUGGGCCAUUUCCGCUGCUCUCUAUACCUCUUCCUCGUCCUGACGGCCACGGCCCGCCUCCGAACCUACGUGCGCAUCCUCGUCGUCCUGAUCGUCGGAUGGUUCACCUACCGCAGCACGCGGUGGGAGUUCAUCCUCUUCCUCGGCGGCAUGCUCCUCGCCGAGGCCGAUCUCAUCCGAGGAGCUCACGACAGGCCCGCCUCGUCGCCACCGCCCACGCUGCCCAUCACGAACCUGGACGAGAAGGACAAGGCCACGAGCUACCCCCACGAGAAGGGAGCGGCAGCGGCGGCGGCGGUGGCAGCAGGCCCCAGCCCCUGGCCCCACCUCUCAGAAGGUGAGCAGGUCGCCGCCGCCAACCGCGCCCGAGCCUCCAAGGUCAUCUGGAACCUCGUCAGCAUCGGGGGCCUGUACCUCCUGUGCCAGCCCGACGGUCGCGGGGAGGAGACGCCCGGAUGGGUCUACCUCACCUCCUGCAUCCCCGAGUGGUGGACCGCCGUCGAGGAACCCUACCGGUACUGGCAGAGCGUGGGCGCCGUCGUCUUCGUCGCCUCGGCCGCCCGCUCCACCGCCUGGCAGACCUUCUUCACCACCGCCCCGGUCCAGUACCUCGGCAAGAUCUCCUACGCCAUCUACCUCGUCCACGGGCCCGUCAUGCACACCUUGGGCUACCUCAUCGAGAAGUGGGCCUACGACACGACGGGCACGGAAGGCUUCCAGUACAACAAGGGAUUCAUGCUGAGCUCCCUGUUCGUCGUGCCCUGCAUCGUCAUGUGGGCUGACAUCUUCUGGAGGGCCUUUGAUAUCCCUACUGUCAAGUUUGCAAAGUGGCUCGAGAGUGUACUGGUCGUCAAGUCGUGA